AUGCCUCUAGCAGCAAAUGUGGCAUUGCUGAUGCUCCAGAUUGUUUUGUACAGGCAGCAAGAGCUUUCCCACGGCGAAAAAGGUGGGAAAUUGAACGAGCUAUUGGUAGAUCCGGUAGUGGAUGAAGUUGUACUGGAUCGGUUCACCAAUCAUCGCAUAGUGAAGCUUUACGCUCCGGAACUAGAAAAGGUGAGACUUCGUACGAUGAAAAAAGAGGUUGCAGAUCUGUUUAGCGCGGGUCUUCCGGAUAAGAACUUGCCAGUUACGGUUAUUACUCUAGCAAAUCAUUUCUACUAUACACGUAUAAAUGAACUUGAAAAGGACCAAAUCCCAAAAAUCAACAGGCAGAUGGUUAACUUUGUGGAACAACAGGAACAACAGGAACAGGACCAUAAAAUAGAGACUCCUUAA